UGAAAGUAAAGAAAGUCCCCCGCACUAAAGUAGCAAACUUCACACGGUACGCACACAGAUCAGACAUAAAGAAAAACGCAUUCACAGGCAGAAAAACCGAGUAACCAACCAAAAAACAAACUCCGUUUGUCCUUAAUUAUAAAUUUACAAGGGAAAAAAAAUAAAAAAUAAAAAAUAAAUAAAAUAAAAUAAAAUUCUGACAAAUCAUGUGUUAUUAUUGAGAAAAACGAGUGAUGAUCAAGAGCGGUCGGCCAGUUGAUAAGAGAAAAAAGAAGAAAAAAAGUCAAAAAUCCAAUUUCAAAGAUUUCAUAUCCGACGCUAAGGAAGGAUAUUAAUUAAAAAAUUUACGGCGUAAAUUUACAAUCCAAUCGCUGUGACAAAAAAUUGUUAAUUCAUCGACAAUGGCAAGUUUUGUAUUGAAGGUUAAAACAAAAUCAGGUCAAAACCUUGUCAAAGGUUUAACAGGUAAAGACAAAGUUUCCGAAUUAAAAUCCAAGCUGUCAGACCUGACGGGAAUACCUCAAGUCGCUCUCCACAUUCUGGGCGGCUUUCCACCCAAAGCGUUGGAUCUAAGCAAAGAAGACGUAGCGCUGGAAGAUUCUGGAAUCACUUCCGGCGACACGCUGAUCGUUGAAGAAAAACAACCGCCUGUUAAACCGAAGCAGCAAUCGUUAGAGCGUGAACAUCACACGGUUGCGAGAUCUCAUAUCAUCGACACCGAAACUCUGAGCGAUAGUCCCGGCGUUCUAAUGAAAAAGAUCGUGCCCGCGGAUAAUUCUUGCCUUUUCACCAGCGUCGGAUAUGUCCUUAACGGAAAGGUCGAUACAACCUGCGCCAGUUUCAUGAGGGAAAUAAUUGCCGAAAGCGUUUCGGCUAAUCCUGAAGAGUAUUCGGAGGCGAUACUUGGACGUCCUAACGGCGAGUAUUGCGAAUGGAUAAAGAAGGUCGACUCUUGGGGCGGUGCGAUAGAGCUGGCGAUACUUUCUUGGUUUUAUGGAUUGGAAAUAGCCGUAGUUGACAGUAUUAACGCUAUCAUAAACAGAUUUGGCGAGGAUCAGCACUAUGCUCAAAGGGUCUUCUUAAUGUUCGACGGUAUUCACUACGAUCCUCUUUACUUGGAACCGUUGGACGGUGGUAGUAUCCAAACAAUUUUUCCUGCGAGCGACGACAGGCUGUUGAGACAAGCUACGGAAUUGGCGAAAGAAGCUAAAUCCAGUCGUCAGUACACGGACGUGCAAAAGUUUACCCUGAAAUGCAUGGAGUGUAACGUUAUGCUAAACGGGCAGCUAGCGGCGCAGCAACACGCGAAGGAUACGGGUCACAUGAACUUUGGAGAAGUAGUUGCCUAGCGCCAAAUACAGCAGCCGGUAAUUACCGGUAAAGAUUGUUUUCAAUUUACUGCCAAGCCCUAUGCUCUUCAGUUAUUUAUUUGAUUAAAUGCGCCGUUAAGAACUAAUCGCAUAAAAUUCAAAGGUCAAACAACAAAGUCCAAGAAAUUACCACUGGCAAUCAAUAUUGAGAUUAAUUGAAACAUAAUUCUUAGUCUCGCACUAUGAAAAUGUUGGGAUGUUAAUAGGAAAGAAAGAAAGAAAGAAAAUAGGUAUUCGACGUAACGACGCAUGCAUAGUCUGACGGUUCACGUACGUUGUUUGCACUUGCAUAUUUACCGCUCACAGUGUGAUUUGGAAUUGAUCGAUAUAUCGCUACUUUUUUUUGCACCCUUUAAUUGAAUUGUUGUUAAACAGUAUUUGCCAUUUGUUUGACAUUUGAAAUUAUAAAUAUGUGAAUAAUAAUAAUAAUGAUAAUAGUCGUAUCGUACUAAAUAUUGAAUUCGAAGACUUGAUAAGUCAUGAGACGUAUAAUUCGAAAGCGCAGCGAUAGAAAUUUUCCUUACCUACAACCAUGCGAGGUUGAUAUAACAGGAGAAAAGAAAAUCUCAACAAUUAUGUACAGUGUAAAUAUAUGAUUCUUAUAGAAUUAAGCAUGCACGUCUAUGUCGUAAAUUAUGUGGCAAAAUUUGAAUGUAAAUUAUUUUUUGUGUUUCAGUUGGCUCUUUAUGUGACAAUAUUUAAAAAGACAUCGUACUUAUCAACUUCACUGUUAUUUUCCAAUGCUUAAAUAAUCUAUUCGUCUUUCUUUAUUCUUUGCAUUUUUUUAUCCUCCUACAAUUUUUCACGGUAAUCGGUUCACACCCAAGAGCGAUAAAUAUUUCUGUACAACUAGGUAAAUUCGAUGCCUCGCGACACUUAAUCACUUGCGAUGUAUAGAGUUUGAAUCUAAUUUUGUCAGCAUUUAAAGCUCUUUUUAUCAGCCUGAUAAACUUUCCAAAUGGGAAACUGCGUUUCGAAAGCUGUUUUCUAAAAUAAAUAGAAUCGUGUCUAUAAAUUCAUGUGUCAACCUCUUCUUCUUGAAAAAUAUAUAAAUCAAUAUUCGUAAAUUUGUGUUGAGCCCACAUAUUGGCAUGCAAUAAAAAUGAUAAUUUGCAUUAUUCAAACGCUACGACUGAUACAUGAGUACAUGAGAAAUGAUAUCCGGUACAAAUAAGACUCACUGUGCAAUGUGCAAACAAACGUGACUGCCAAUGCGUGCUGUGAGUGUGUGUGUGCGUGUGUGAGCGUGUGUGUGUAAUUAUUUCGGAAUAUUCAAAGUGUGCAGUGUUAUUAAUUUACCAUAUAUUUGCCUUGCAAUUACAGCCGCCUUAUAGUGUGAAUACUUAAGCGAAUACGUAGAUUUCAUUGGUAUUUUUUAUUUUUUUUUUCCUUUAGAACGAUCGAUAGACGUAUAAGACUAACCGUUAUACAAGCAGUUUACAAACUUUGAAAUAUUUCUUUGUAUAAUAUCAUUGAAAUUCCAACUUUUCAGAAAUUAUUGCAAAUAUUGAACUCGUCUUAACACGUUUACCAACGUUCUAGGAAUGAUAAAUAAAUACAAAAUGACUGGACGACCGAAAGCUCACCGACCCAAAAUGCAAUUGAAGAGUGAAAAUUAAACGAUAAUGUUAAGCGCAAUUUUUAUUGUGAAAUAUACGUUAAUAUAACGUGAUAAAUGUAGUGGUAGGAAAUCUGUUUUAACCACAUUUGUUACACAUCACUAUACCCUCGUGCAAUGUUUA